AUGAGCGGAAAGGAAAACAGAAUCCAAUGUGCCUCUGGAGCAAAAAAGCCAGUGGAACCUACUGAGAAGGAUCCGAUUAAAGAUGGAUUCACCGGAACGUCGGCCGACAAAAAAAAUAUCGAGAAAAUGGAGACUGAGAAAGUGCAAAGAAGAUUUACCAUAAGUCAACCUCAACUAUCUCAACCAGAACCGAAGGAGGAACCAAGGGAGGAACCAAGAAACAAAUUACAAAUUACAAAUUACGUAUUACAGGAACAAUAUACAAAUUACAAGGACUUACGAACCAUUGUCAGACGCGCUCUUUGUUUUCUUAGAAAAUACAGUUUGGAAAAGAGCAUCGAGCUUGGAAAUAACUAUAGGCCUCCAAAUUUAGCCGGGAUCCUUCUGGGCAAGAAUUUUGGAUCAGAGCCAUUUACGACACUAGAAGACAGAGAUGCAGGCGCUCAGUUGAGAAAUCAGCUUCUAAGAAGAAGAAGAAGAGAGUUGUCCAAAGAGCCUUCAGAAAACGACGAUGUAGAAAAUAAGCAAUCGGUUCCUGCUGAUGCACAAACGACUGGCACUCCGGAAGGAAAAGAAGACAAGUCGAAUGGAAAGAAAAAUAGAGAGAGGCUAUUGAAAUCAAGCAAUGGUUCGAGAACUGCUGCCAUUAAGAACUCAGAAACUCGGAAAAACGGACAUUUUGGAGAUUCGAAAUGUGAGACCGACGAGGAAGAAGAGACGACCAGUCUGAAGAAUCGACUGAGAAAUGCUGUAGUUCUGAAGCAAAAUAAUAUGAAAUCAUCUGAGGAUUCAUCCGGAAACGACACCGCAGUCGAAGACCAUGUCGUCGAAAUUGAGAACCUCCGCAGAAUCCGGCGUGCCCGCGUAAUUUAUUCGCCAUCACCUGUGGAGCGAUUUUCGACUAGACGACAAGAGAAAAAACGCUCUACUGAUGAGGAAAAGAAACAAAAAAGCAAUUCUGAUGAGGAAGAAAAAAGGAGACCAUUAAGAUUUCGUCGAGCCCGUGUGAGACCUUUGUCAGCCCACGUGAAAAAGCCGAGACUUGCGGAAUCAGAAUCGGAGUCAUCCGAAGAUGAAGAAGCAGUUGCACCGAAAGCUUGCGGGAGGAACUUUCCGGAAUCUUCACUGAAAGCGUCAUUGUCCAGAAAAAUAUCUCUCCGAAAAAGAAGCAUGCAACGUAACUUGGAUCAAACUCCAUCAGCGUCCGAGCCGUCAAGAAAGAAGAGAUGCGAGAAGGAAUCGGAUUCUGAUUCGGAAUAUAACUACGAAGAAGAUGAGAGUGAUGAUUAUUAA